ACUCCACCCAACGGCAGAAGCACAAAACAAGUUGACGAGCGCCGCGCGAGUCAUGACGUUUGAGAGGAUAUCGUGAAGAACAAACUCUAGGCAAACUCUUGACAAAAGCAUGUAACCAGCUCUCGACGAGCGAUUAAACCAUCUGGAAUUAAUAAAAGUAACUAAAAAGUCGAUUUUAGGAAGGAGUCAUGGUCGCGGAGUGUCGAGUGUGACGGAGUUUAAAGCUAACUGAGCGCAGCUAGCCCGGGAGUUUGGCGUCGCGAGCAGUUUCACGAACAGUGAAAAUAUAGUAAUAAAGAUAGUUUUAGUACAAAGUAGUGAAAGUUAAAGCUUUAGGUGUCUAUCUGAAAGUUUAUUUGCUGUGUAGUUGGUCUGUGGACGGUUGGAGAUGGCUCAGUCGCCGGUAGCUGUUCAAGUUCCUGGAAUGCAGAACAGUCAAGUGGACCCUGAGGAGCUGUUCACUAAACUAGAGCGCAUCGGGAAGGGCUCAUUUGGUGAGGUGUUUAAAGGUAUUGACCGCCGCACUCAGAACGUAGUGGCCAUCAAGACCAUUGAUCUUGAGGAGGCAGAAGAUGAAAUCGAAGACAUCCAACAGGAGAUCACAGUUCUCAGCCAGUGCGACAGUCCACAUGUUACCAAAUACUACGGCUCAUACCUGAAGGGCAGUAAACUGUGGAUCAUAAUGGAAUAUUUGGGAGGAGGUUCAGCUCUGGACCUGCUGCGAGCUGGACCCUUUGAUGAAUGCCAGAUAGCCACUAUGCUAAAAGAAAUACUGAAAGGUCUGGACUACCUGCAUUCUGAGAAGAAAAUCCACAGGGACAUAAAAGCUGCCAACGUGCUUUUGUCGGAGUCCGGUGAGGUGAAGCUAGCAGACUUCGGUGUUGCGGGGCAGCUGACAGACACGCAGAUCAAAAGGGAGACAUUUGUGGGUACACCGUUCUGGAUGGCCCCAGAAGUCAUCCAACAGUCCGCUUAUGACUCAAAGGCUGAUAUUUGGUCUCUUGGGAUUACUGCGAUUGAGCUGGCCAAGGGUGAACCCCCCAACUCCGACAUGCACCCCAUGAAAGUUCUCUUCCAUAUCCCAAAGAACACACCACCCACCCUCAACGGAGACUUCUCCAAGAUCUUUAAAGAGUUUGUGGACUCCUGUCUUAACAAGGACCCUACGUUUAGGCCAACGGCAAAAGAACUCUUGAAGCACAAGUUCAUCGGUAAACAUGCCAAGAAGACAUCCUACCUCACCGAGCUGAUUGACAGGUUAAAGCGCUGGAAAGCUGAAGGCCACAGUGAUGAAGAGUCCGACUCUGACUCUGACUCGGAGUCCAGCAGUAAGGACAGUGACUCAUCUCCUCCAUGGUCAUUUACCACUGUUCGUAAGAAGCCAAACAAAGGGCAGUCCAAUGGAAUUGAUCAAGAUGUUACGAAGAAAUCAGCCAGUUUAACCACAGUGAUGGCUCCUGUGUUUUCUGAGCUGAAAGCAGAACACAGGGAUGCAGACCGCCUGAUAAAAGGAGUCAUCGAGGAGCUGGAGAAGAGCCUGCAUAUGGCUGAAGACCUCUGCCCGGGAGUCACUGACAAAAUGAUCGGACACAUCCUGGAGAGAGUGCAGAGGUUCUCUGUGAGUUAGUGCAGUGCCGCAUGGGGUCACUCAUAAGAAGACACCCAGGAGGAAGGACAUUACAGGGCAUCAGGUUUCCUAAUGUCAGGCCCUCCUCAUCACUGCACCUUAUCACACUUAAACACACUCAAACACAUGUACAGAGGAAGGAGGGCCUUGGAGUUGCACACUAUCUUAAAACCAAAAGGUUUAUGUCUCCCAAAGAAUGACUAUGCAUAGUGUGCUUAAAUGUAUUUAUAUAAUUUUGCCAUGUGCUUUUAAAUUUCUUCAGCUGGUGCCCAAGGAUGUGUGUGUGUGUGUUGUGUUACUGUUAUUUUACUUCAUAUUUUAUUUUGAAAGACACAAUGUUGUUACUGAAUAUGUAGAUCUGCGCACAGCAUUAGGCAAAUCUAUUGGCUAUUCACACACACACACACACACACACACACACACACACACACACACACACACACACACACGUAUAUAUAUCUCAAUCCAUCACUUUUAUUUUACCAUUUAAACUUCAAUCAGUAAUAUUUAUGUGUGGGAGAUUUAGUAAAGUUGUUUUGUUUGUCUUGGUUUGGGAUUUCUUUAUUAUGCUCUACACACUGUUACCUGUAGCAUCACAUAACUGCUGUAUUGGAGUGACAAGCAUAUCAUAUCGGUCAAAAACCAAAUAGAAAUACCUCAGUUUAGAUGAAGCAAUCAUUUACAAGAAAACACAGCUUGUGCUUAGUUUAGAUCAAGUUAAGUUUUAUUUUAAACUGCUGGGAAAUAAGAGGAGUUUUGCUGUGCAAAAGCUGCCUCCGCAUCUGAUUCGUAACAAUGGGAAUUAUUUUUAAUUGGCAAGGUCAUUUGUUUGGUUAUUUCUAGAUCUUUUAUAUAUAAAUAAAUAUACAUAAAUGAUACAUUGCUGUUAGGAUAAAAUUAUCAGCCUUUGUCGCUAAAUAUUUUGCCCUUCAUUUCUCAGUCAUGCCCACUUUUACAGUUUUAUAUACAUACAUGAAUAGAGUUACUGUACUUUUGAAGGAAAUAUGCACUUGCACACACUUAGUAAAUGUUUUUUUUUUUUUUUUUAAAUCCAGAGCUGUUUUUCUUUACAGACAUUCCAUUUCCUUUGAGUAGAUCUCAAGGGAGCUCAAGGUACCCCGGGGGCAAAAUAUCUACACACAAAAGCAAUUGAGCAGCCCAAAAUGAUUUCAAGGUCACCGUAAUAUAGACGCACACAAUUCAGGCACUAUAAAAAUGUUUUCUAUGUUUUCUAGUUUCCUAUGAUGAGGGAUUUUUUUGCCAAGCUGUAAUGAAACAUGUAAGUGUGCCAUCACUGGUAUGGUGGUGAUUUCAUACAUGCUCCUGUUGGCUGGGAGAGAUGAUGCCAACGUUACAUAACAUCCCAUUGUGCCUAAAAUUCACUUCUAUAUGUAUAUGUGAUGUCCUGAUCUUCUCAAACAGCUUUAAAACAAAUGUUUCACACACGUUGCCAGACUGCUGGAAGAUUUUAGACCAAUAAAGGUGUUUAGUUGAAGAUUUUUAUAUUUCUUUAUAGGUAUGUAGAUGCAGAAGCUAGGUUUUGUAAAUUUCUUCAUCAGAGCUUUUGUAAAGUAACGUUGCCGCACAGAAUCUUUCAAGGCUGUAUCAUAUAUAUAUAUAUAUGCUGUUUUUCUUUCUUGUUUGACUUCAACUGUUACAGAUUAGUUUUUGUUUGGUGUGGCAAAUAAAGAUGUAAAUUAUGA